AUGGUGUUUGACAAGGAGGAAAGUGUCUCCCUUGUGCCUCUCCAGUCCAAAGGGAAGCAGAGGGUCUGCGCCGGGUGCAACCGGAGGAUCAUGGACCGCUUUAUGCUAGAGGCUCUGGACAGGUACUGGCACGAGGACUGUCUGAAGUGUGCCUGCUGUGACUGUCGCCUGGGUGACGUGGGCUCCACCCUCUACACCAGAGCCAACCUCAUCCUCUGUCACAAGGACUACCUGAGGCUCUUUGGGAUGACGGGGAACUGUGCAGCUUGCAGUAAGGUGAUCCCGGCCUUUGAGAUGGUGAUGAGAGCCAGGGAGAAUGUCUACCACUUGGACUGCUUUGCCUGCCAGCUGUGCAGCCAGAGAUUUUGCGUGGGAGACAAGUUUUUCCUGAAGAACAACAUGAUACUGUGCCAGCUGGACUACGAGGGGGGGCAUCAGAAUGGAAACUCUGCUGAUCAGGCUCUGUAG